AUGUCGGUGGCGCAGGACCGGCUGGAGCCGGCGGACGAUUGCGUCUCGGAUGUCUUUGAAAUUGUGCUCCCCAUUACCAUCUUGGAGCUGAGCGACGUCGAUUUUCUCGAAGAUGACGCCGAGGAGGGAGCAGCUUCUGCGUUGGAGGAACAGAAUGAGCAGGAGAUUGACUUAAUCAGCAGCGCUCUCCUAAAAACCAAUGUGACACCUUCAGAUGACAGUAACAGUGUAAGCAUUUGCGAAGAAAAUAACACUUCUUCAGAUACGAUUGACAGUAGGGAUUACUGUGAUGAAGAAUGCCUUGCUAAGAGUGUCUGUGGCAGAUCAGAACCAUCUUUAAGUGAUUGGUGUGUUGCAGGCACAGAUAAAUGUAGUCAAAAUAAUGUGUUCCCAACAUCAUCUUGCAAAACAGUGCUUACAGAGGUGAACGAAACCAGUGACAGAAAAGAAGGUGAUGGUGAUGAUGGCUUUAAGAUUCCUCCUUUCCUUUCCUCUGCUCACAAUGAGACCAUUAAGCCAAGCAGACAGUUGGCCCGGGCGACGACACCCAGACACGAAGAGGAACUUGUCAGCAUUGCAAGCCUGCUGUUUGGUGGCAGUCAAGGGGAACAACCAGAAAUCCACAAGGAGGUGGAGGACGUUGUUCGAAUGAAAGAUGCUCAUUCUUCAAAGAAUGGAACUAAUGAAGCUAAUAACAGAAAGAGAAAGAGAACCAGAUUUGAAGAGGAAACUCCAAGUUCUGGUUUGGAACAUGACUUGAAAGAAGAACCAGAAUUUACCUAUAACUGUUCUGCUCCGUUUCUUAAUGGAUGUUCUCCUUCAGAAGAAUUGCUAAAGAACAUAGGGAAACCAGAGAUAAAUGCUUCCGCUUCUACAGAAUCAAGUACUACUGGGGACCAUAUUAAUAAGACAUUAAAGCCAUUUCCUAAGAAAAGAUACCGGAAAGAAAAAGUUGUUUCUCCUCAUGCAGACCCAGAGGAAUUCCUAAGCCAGCAAGAAGGUUCAGCAUGGCUAAGUAAUAUUGUGACCAUGAAACCUUUUCCUAAGCAUGAAAGAUUGAGUUUGAAGUGCAGUCCUAGGAAUUUUAUUCGGCACAUGAAGGGACAUAAAGGGAGACCACCGUACCAGUGUCCUCGAUGCGAUUACUCCUGCUUUAGUUUAUCCUAUCUGUUAAAGCACAUGUACUGGCACGCUGGCUAUAAGCUGUACCAGUGCAGGUUUUGCACCUUUUUUUCUUUAUAUUUUGCAAGCAUGGUAAGGCAUAGCUACGUGCACACGGGGGCUAAACCGUAUUCUUGUGAGCUGUGUCAGUUGGCAUUCGCAAGCACCACUGAGUUAAAGAGACACAGAAGACGACAUGCAGGCAAAGAAACACGCCAAGGGCAGCAACUCGACAUCAUAAGUGGAAGAAAGGUAACUGGAAGACCGUUAAAGAAUUACACAUGUGAUGAAUGUAACAUAGUGUUCUACACUAGAGGACAUCUCAGCAUUCAUAAGAAGUUCCAUGAACAGUUUAAGGCUACUACAAAUGGUUAUAGGAAUCGGAGCAAUAAGUAUCGCAAAACCAAAGUACACAGAAGUAAUGAUGGUUUCCGGGACUCUGUUUCUCUGUCUCAUUCUGGUAGAGAAAAUGAUUGUUUCAGUGGGGGCAUGCUGGCUCCAGAAGUAGACUUUGAGCAGGCAGAUAAUGUGCAUGACAAUAAGAAAAUGUGCUCUGGAAAGAAAUUCCCUGAAAACAGCCAAGGAAGGAACAGCUUGACUGCUAUUAGGAGUAGAUCAGAAGUUCCUCUGGAUUCAUACAAAACGGACACUGGGAUUUGCAAAUCUCUCCUCAACUCCAAGGCCCGUCACUCGCAAGCUCAAGAUAAUGAUGCAUAUCACAGAUUCGUGGAAAAGUUGAAGGAUACAUGGCCUUCCAAUUUGUCUCCAUUCAAAACAUACAAGUGCCAACACUGCAGUUACGCUACUGGUGUUCAUAGCGACUUUAAGCUGCAUCUAAAACUACAUACGGAUGAAAGACCAUUUGCGUGUAAAGAAUGCAGUAAGACGUUUAAAACAUCAAACCAGUUGCAGAAGCACAGCCUUAUUCACAUAAAGAACAGAUAUGAGUUUAGCCGUUGCUUCUAUGUAGAUAGCAGUUUAGAGAAUCUUGAACUGCACCGUGAAAUGCGUGUAGGCAUGUAUCCGGAAAGAGAUUUUUGUUCCUCGGAAGGUUCAAACGGAAUCGGUUCCUUGCUUGGUUCGGAAGUCUGUGGAGUGCAGCCAGAUGUCCAGAGGCGCAAAGGAAAUGAUUUGCUAGCACAAAGUCAGCCACGGUUCUACCAGUGUGCAGAGUGUGAGUACACUACCUACAUUUUAGGCAAUCUUAAACUACACGUGAGGACUCACACAGGUGAGAAACCUUACAGCUGCAGUGUUUGUCAGAAGAGGUUUCCCCACAGUGGAAACUUGAAGUCACACCUGAGAAUUCACACAGGGGAGAAGCCCUUCAAGUGCAGUCGGUGCGCUGUGGCUUUCCGCACAUCCAGCCACCUGAAGCGCCACUUUGUGACUCAUUUAAAGCUGCGCUGCAGAAGAAUGAGGGCUGGCAGUGGAUUCAUCCAGCGUUUUGAUCCAGAGAGUGAAACAUGGGGUACUGGUUUGUUCCAGGUUCUUCUGAGAGCUUCAGUUCUAGCACAGGUGGUGGUUAAUGAGAUCUUGGCGGUGCUUUUUCAUGCCCAAAUAGAUAAUAUCUCGCAGAGCCUUUCUGGUAACAUAGGAGACAGGUUGGAAUUAGUUGCCCAGAGAGGUGGUGGAGUUCCCAUCUUUGGAGAUACUCAAAAGAGACCUGAACAUGGUCCUGGGCAACCAACUUUGGGUGGCCCUGCUUGA